CUCCACCAUUGUUGAGCCACAAAGCAAGCUUAUAUAGAUAUUCGAAAUGGCUUUCUGUACACAAGCUGUUAUCCUGAUUCUAUCCGUCUUGAUUGUCUCCUGGUGCAAGCCCUCGUAUGGUGCAGGCAUUGCCAUCUACUGGGGACAAAAUGGAAAUGAAGGCACCUUGGCUGCUACUUGUAACUCAGGAAACUAUCAAUUUGUUAACGUAGCUUUCCUAUCUGCUUUUGGCAAUGGUCAAACUCCAGUGCUAAACCUCGCAGGCCACUGUAACCCCAGUGCCAAUACUUGCACUGGCUUAAGUGCUGAUAUCAAAGCUUGCCAAGGGAAAGGCAUCAAAGUGCUCCUUUCCAUCGGAGGUGCUUCAGGUGCCUACUCUCUUUCAUCGGCCGAUGAUGCAAGGCAAGUGGCAAGUUAUAUCUGGAAUAACUUCCUUGGUGGUCAGUCCAGUUCGCGUCCACUAGGCGACGCCAUCUUAGAUGGUGUUGAUUUUGAUAUUGAGGCUGGUUCAGGUCAGUUCUGGGAUGAUCUUGCGAGGGCACUUAAUGGAUUUCGCCAACAAAAGAAGGUUUACUUAGCUGCAGCUCCACAAUGUCCCUUCCCCGAUGCUCAUCUAGACACUGCAAUUAAAACUGGGUUGUUUGAUUAUGUGUGGGUCCAAUUCUAUAACAAUCCGCCAUGUCAAUACUCAGGAAACGCAAACAAUUUGUUGAGUGCAUGGAGCCAAUGGACAACAGUUCAAGCAAAUCAAGUAUUCCUGGGACUACCGGCUGCUCCUGAGGCAGCAAACAGUGGUGGAUUCAUCCCUGCUGAUGUGCUCACUUCCCAGGUUCUUCCAUCUGUAAAGAAUUCACCCAAAUAUGGAGGUGUCAUGCUCUGGAACAAGCAAUUUGACAAUGGAUACAGUGCAGCUAUAAAGGGCAGUGUCUAAGUUUCGCAGCCUUGCUCGUGUCAUCAUCUCAUGUAUCCUCAGUGAAGCACUCGCGCUGACAAUAAAACAUGUGACUGUGUACUUGUACUUGAAUUGAUCUUAGGUUAAAUAAAAUUAUAUGUUCUGAUC